GGAGCUCGAAAACGAUCUCUGUUCGACUUCGAUCAAUCGCGAACGCAUUUGGUCUAUAGAUUCUUCUUCACUGGUAAGUUCUGGUUUUCCUACCUUCAUUCUUAACCAAUCUUACUAUCUGAAGGUUAUUGAACUGAUAUAGCUUUCAGCCAUUUACAGAUGGCCUUUGUUUCUUCUAUCAAUGGAGUUGCCCUUGUCAAUCUGGAGAAGCGUGAUUGCCUCUCAAGGGGAGAUGAUCCUUACUUGGGCUUUAAUCGUUCACGAAUUGGAAGAUCCCAAAGGCAUAUGAAAAGGAGUCGUUGCAUAUUUAGGGCUGUUAGAGCUUCUGUUGUGAACCCAGGGAUUGAUUUUAGUGAUCCGGAUUGGAAAGAACAUUAUCAAAUGGAAUUUGAAAAGAGGUUCAAUUUGCCGCAUUUGAGGGAUGUUUUUGAUGCAAAGCCCAUCCCAACUACAUUUUCUCUUAAAAGCAGAGGUUCUCGAGUUUUGGAUGGUGCCACUAUGCCUGAAGAUAGAAAAAAUGAAUAUAUUAAUGACGAUGAUAGGACACUUUUAAAGGUUAUAAAAUAUUCUUCACCGACUUCCGCUGGAGCUGAGUGCAUUGAUCCUAAUUGCAGUUGGGUGGAGCAAUGGGUGCAUCGUGCAGGACCACGGAAGCAGAUAUACUUUGAACCUGAGAACGUAAAAGCUGGAAUUGUCACUUGUGGGGGGCUCUGUCCUGGCCUUAAUGAUGUCAUUAGACAGAUAGUUUUUACUCUUGAGCUCUAUGGGGUUAAGAAGAUUAUUGGGAUCCCAUUUGGUUAUCAUGGUUUCUUUGAUCGGGGCUUACCUGAAAUACCGCUUUCUCGUAAUGUUGUUCAAAACAUUAAUCUUGCUGGUGGAAGUUUGCUGGGUGUUUCUCGUGGGGGUGGUAAUAUCAGUGACAUUGUAGAUAGCAUACAGGCCAGAGGGAUUGAUAUGCUUUUCAUUCUCGGUGGAAAUGGCACUCAUGCAGGAGCAAAUGCAAUACACAAUGAGUGCCGCCGGAGAAUGAUGAGAGUUUCUGUUGUAUGUGUCCCAAAAACAAUUGACAAUGACAUACUCCUAAUGGAUAAGACAUUCGGUUUUGAUACUGCUGUUGAAGAAGCUCAACGAGCAAUCAAUUCUGCAUAUAUUGAGGCACACAGUGCAUAUCAUGGUAUUGGUGUGGUAAAAUUGAUGGGAAGAAGCAGUGGUUUUAUAGCCAUGCAUGCAUCGCUCUCUAGUGGGCAGACUGAUAUCUGUUUAAUUCCUGAGGUGCCUUUUAAUCUGGAAGGACCUUUCGGUGUCUUGCGGCAUUUAGAGAAUCUGAUAAAAACAAAAGGAUCUGUGGUGAUUUGUGUGGCUGAAGGGGCAGGACAAGAUUUGCUAGAAAAGUCAAAUGCCACAGAUGCAUCUGGGAAUGCGGUACUUCAAGAUAUUGGGGUCCAUAUCCAACAGCAGAUCAAAAUGCACUUUAAAGCAAUAGGAGUUCCAGCUGAUGUUAAAUACAUUGAUCCCACCUAUAUGAUUCGAGCAUGUCGUGCGAAUGCUUCUGAUGCUAUCCUCUGCACUGUUCUUGGACAGAAUGCGGUGCAUGGUGCAUUUGCAGGGUACAGUGACAUCACAAUUGGGAUAUGCAACACCCACUACGUCUACCUUCCCAUUCCUGAAGUCAUUACAUCACCAAGGUGUGUGGACCCCAACAGUCGGAUGUGGCACCGAUGUCUGACUUCCACUGGCCAACCAGAUUUUCUUUGAUCACUCCGUGCUUUCAUCUGCAGUGAAGCAAUGCUGAACACACUUCGAUA